CCCACAUAUUCCCCACUCCCUCUCGACCACCCCCCCUCUCUCCCUCCCCCUCUCCGUCUCUUCAUCUUCGCCGCGGCGUCGCCUUGUUCAGAAAAUGGACGCUUUGAGUGGCGGCGGCAAUGGCGGCUUUUGGGGAUUGCCGCCAUUUCACUCUCGAAGAUUCAGAAGAAUAAGGAGGAGCAGAUCCAAACCUUCUGAUUCGGCGGACGCAAUUGGGGGGACCGGUUACUGGUUCCCACUGAAGCAAGCGGCGACAGCGGCAUCUCUCGCUCUCACCGGCGACACCAUUGCUCAGCUCCAACACCGUUGGGUGAGCGCUAAAGCUCUCCAACAAAACUCCGAUUCACAUUCUCAUCCCGAUUCUUCUAUCAAGGAUGUCAUGACAAAUCUCCUUUCUGAUCAUGAUUGGCUACGAGCCCUCCGCAUGACUUCAUAUGGGUUUCUUUUGUAUGGCCCCGGUUCUUAUGAAUGGUACAAGUAUCUUGACCACUGCAUGCCAAAACAAACAGUGAAUAACCUGUUGAUGAAGGUUCUAUUAAACCAGAUUGUUCUUGGCCCAUCAGUAAUAGCUGUUGUUUUUGCAUGGAAUAAUCUGUGGCAAGGAAAGCUCUCAGAACUUCCAAAUAAGUAUAAAAAGGAUGCGCUCCCUACGUUGUUUUUCGGAUUUAGGUUCUGGAUCCCUGUCAGUUUGUUGAAUUUUUGGAUUGUUCCACUUCACUCUCGCGUUGCUUUCAUGUCAAUGGGAUCUAUAUUCUGGAACUUCUGCUUAUCUUCAACAAUGAGCAAGUAACUUCCUUUGCUGCAACAUUAAUGUGGCUUGAUGCCUAAAUACUGAAAAAAGAACUUCAGCUUAUACAGGGCUAACUUUUGGGCCUAUCGGGCAUGAAAUCAGGUGAGCAUUCUGUUAAGAAGAGCGCCAGGUCUCCGAGAAUUGUUCUAUAUAUUAUCUUCAAGCUUCGUGCAAGCCAUUCUCAUGAAUUUAGAAGCCCCCUUUUGAAUGAUAUUGGCAUUAUAAUGAGAUCAGUCGCCUCUACGCUAGACCAUCAUCUGAGGGAUUUCGCUUCUGAUUCCAGAUUCCCCCCCCCCCCCCCCCCCCCCCCCCCCUUUACGUGGGAUUGACUUUUUAAGUAAUUGAAAUCAUUUUAUGUAUUAGGCUAGCAUUGUCGUCGGCAUCUCCUCUCCUUCCACCAUCGUCGACCGGUGGCAACAGAGGAAAAGCUGGUGUGGAGUUUUAAGGAAAUAAAACAUAGAACUGAACAAACACAAAUAUUGUUUAGUUCUUAUCUUCCAAACUAAAAUCGUGCAAAUGUGAUGCAUUUCACAUAUGAAGAAUUUAGUAUCUAUAUAUGCGUGAUUUCAUAAAAACUAAUUUGUGGGAUUAAGGGCUCUUGAAGAUGAUGUGACAUCAUGAAAUUCAGAAUUAAAAGCUAUAGUCGAUUUGAAUACAA